ACGAUGAUGUCCGUCGUUGUGCUCCACUUGCGCACGUCUUCCUGGAAGCCGGUCAACAGGGCCGCAUACGGGUCUCCUGGGUCGUCGACGAAGGCGUCAGAGAGGAGGGGGACCGGGUCGGUGUCUGUGGGGGCGCACCUGGUGUCAUACAUAAACCAUGCCGUGUCGGAGGCCAUGUCACCAAUACCCCCGAAGACGCCUGUGAACGUGUCUCCGACCCCACUAUGCAUGCUGUCGGAGACCAUGUUGCCUAUGCCUGCGAACGCGUCUCCGACGAUGCCUGUGAACCUGUCUCCGACCCCACUCGAGCCGGAUACAUGGUCGAAGAAGGACUCGACCCUGUCGAUGAAGAUGGGGCAGGCGGUGCCUAGGCCAGACAUAGGAUGAGCUGCGAGGCCCGCCUGGCCGCCAAGUCGACGACAAUAUAUGUAUGACUUGGGGUUGAGGGCGAGGGCGCCCGCGGUGACGAGGAGCGCGCCGAGGUUGAUGAACAUGUUGAUGUUGCUGCGAGUGAGAAUGCGAAUAGCUCGAGAGAGGAGGUCGCUGAGAGGGACGCCUGGGGGCGGGAUGGGGAGACAUGGCGGUGCGUCCAGCCGUAUUUAUAUGUUUGCGGGGAGGGUGUUGGGCGUUGUUUGUCGCAUUAAACGGACUGUGUGCGUGACCGCGUCAGGACGCGUCGCGACGCGCGACGCGACCGACGCUUUCCUAAUUCGGAUGACAGGGUCAGUUCGUUUCCUGUCAGGACGUCCCUUGUCUUCACACCAC